GUCAAAACACAGCCGUGGUAAAUGAAGUGCUUUUCUGUUUCUGUACUGAACUUCGUUGUAGUGUUAGUUUUUUUCUGUCCACCUUUUGCAAUCAUGUCUGCCGAACGUCUCGCUAAAAUCCCAGAGGUUGAUUUAGAUCCCAACGGCGUCUUUAAAUACGUCCUCAUACGGGUGCACAGCAAAGACGACGAGUCAUAUGUUGAUAUUGUGAGAGGAUACGCGUGGGCCGAGUAUCAUGCUGAUAUCUAUGACCGUGUGGCCGGAGAACUGGAGAGAGGUGGAGAAUUGGAUUGCGAGUGUCUCGGAGGUGGAAGAAUCAAACAUGACAGUGCUGCAAAAAAGAUCCACGUCUACGGUUAUUCCAUGGGAUUUGGGAGAGCAAAGCAUUCAGUUUCCACAGAGAAGAUAAAAACGCUUUACCCAGACUAUGAGGUGACCUGGGCGGACGAAGGGUAUUGAAUGGGUUCCAUGGAAUAAAUGACAGCUGCGUAUAAGGACGUCAUUUCAAACCUAACUGUCUAACGUAGCAUUAAAGUCUUGAUGUGCCAAGGCUGAAAAUACAAUUCUGAAAUGGAUAAAUGGAUGGAUGGAUAAGACGUUUACUCCAAAACCAGAGGAGAGGUCAUCCUCUUUCUGUUUGAGUGUUUUUUAACUUAAGAGAAAGGAAUGUACUUACGUUUAUGGCCAUUGGCCAUUAAAUAGCAAAUAUAGGAAAUGAUGAAAAAAUGCUCAGAACGGUUUAGUGGGAAAGGUUAAGUACAUCAUCCAAACCAUAAAAAGUUAUAUACUGCAACACUGACAUCCUGAAAUGAUAAUAAAAUCCAGAGAAGUGCUCUUAGAAAUUUACAAAACUGCUUUUUUGUCAUUCAAGUUUGAGUACACUGUUAUGUCACAAUAACGGAAAUAUCCUCUUGUUAAAGUAAAUUAAUGUGCUUGGCUACAACAUAUAAGCAUAUAUAUAGUGAUUUAAUGAUUUCUAAAGCUCCAUGCUAUAAAUCUGAACCCUCAGACCUGAUCUGGAGGUUGUAAACCUUGCCUGAUAAACUUGACAAUCCGCUUGUCAGCGUUUUUAAUAGAAGAUGCCAUUAGGAUGUGCAGUGGCUUUCUUGACUUGAAAUUUUACGACCUAACGACAUCCGGAGGACAUUUUCAAUUUACAGCAUUUAAAACAACUGCAUCAACCCAGCACGUUUUUGUCAGUUCAAGCCUGAUGAUUAAAAAUCAAGAUCUUCUUGUAUCAUUUGCAUUUGAAUUGUUUAGUGCAUCUGAACAGAUAUGGGUUGCACAACAUUUAAUAAAUUAAUUUUCUUUUUUCCCCUCUA